AUGAAAUGUUGCGAUUUCAUUGAUGGUUAUCAAUGGGAAGAUCUCAUACGUAACCAUUUACCAAAACUAAGAACAUUUCACUUAUCAAUGGGAAAUUUAUCUAUUAUUCGACCAAUGACAGAGGAACAAAUUGAUGAAUUUAUGAAUUCAUUUGGUAGUUCAUUUUGGAUUGAUGAACAUCGAUGGUUUGUUCAAUGUAUGAGUAAUGAACACUUUAUUCGUUUUGGGACUAACGAAAGCAUUUUAUUCUAUUGA